GGAUCAGUGCGAGUCCAUGAGCCCCGCCAUCAGUCGGUCCAACAAAGCUGCUGCCCAGACAUUCCCUCCACUUCAUCUCGUCAAAGCUUCAACCGUCAUCAGCUCUCCAGACAUCUGCCCAUUUUUCACGGCCGUCAACAACAACGCUGUCCAUCGUCGCGCAUACUUCAGAUCGCUUCACAGCUCGUCCUUGUCUCGCUGCCGCCUUCGCCGUCACUCACGCAAAUCCCUCGACCCGCAACAGCUGCCCUUGAGCUCUAACCCGCGACGCACCUCGGUCGACCUCCGAUCACCUCCAUCCGCCCGCGCGCGAUAUCGCAUCCCCAAUCAACCACUACGCUCCCAAAUGUCCCAUCCGAAUCAUACACCGCCGCUCCUCCUCACGAAGCGCCUCACGGCCUUCCUCCACGCCAACCAGACGGCCUCGCUGCCCACCUUGCUCCUCACCACCCCUCACGGGAAGCUCCUCGCGCACGCCAGCCCCCAGCCGGUCUCUGUGCUGCGCACCCACGCUACAGUCGCCGCCUCUCUCCUCUCGAUCCAUUCUUCCUCUUCGCCCGUGCUGCCCUCCGCUCUCCCCGGCUCCCGCACGCCCGAUCCCAUUGGCAGCUCCCCACCCGAUGAGGACGAGGAUGAGGACGCUGACGACGAGCUGUUAAGCCAGUCCCAGCACCAAUAUCAAAACGCCCCCAAGAUCAAGCCCAUCAAGCCUGCCACAAUCACCGUUCAGCUUAGCGGCGGUACAGUCGUCAUUCGCCGCCUCAAGUGCGGCCUACUCUUCGUCUGCGUCGGCCCCGCCCAAGACGGCCCCAGCGAACAUUCUUCCCACCUCCAUCCCCACGACCGCUCGGGCGAUGUCUCUCACGUCGGCAGCCCCGGCGAGGCCGAUAGCAUGAUCAGCACCGGUGCCCAGACAACGGCCAGCCUCGAGAGCUCCGCCGGCACGGGCGCUGCUGCCAUUGCCCUCCGCCGUCAUGCAGCCGACCUCUCCCGCUGGCUCGACGACAAGCUUGGCACGCUGACCGUCCCCGAAGAGGGUGUUGGCGUCCAGUAAUUUUGAAGUUUCAAGCGAGUGACGGUCCUUUGAGAAAUUGUGGUGUAGCAUUGGCGGCGUUGGAAAGCUGUGCUUUUGAGAUACAAAUAUUCCUUGCAGAAUGGACAGAGCAGAUAGCUCUAUUGUCUCUUGUAUGGGCUGGCGUUCGGGGUUGAACUAGGUAGAUACCAAAGACAAAGACAGUCGAUAUCUAAAUCACACUUGGGAAUCAUAUUAUUACUUAACA